AUGACCAUCUACCGCUCCGCCCUCCCUGACCAGGUCAUCCCCCAGAUCAACGCCUACUCCUUCGCGACUUCAAAUCCAAACAACACUCCGGACUCGCACACCAUCCUCAUCGAUGCCUUGACCAAGAGAACUAUCACCUUUGGCGAAUGGAAGCGGGACACCCGUCGCUGGGCCACCGGUCUUCAAUCCCUGGGCUUCAAGCGAGGAGAUGUCGUGGCACUGUUCUCCUUCAACCAGGUUGACUACUCCAUCACCAUGUUCGGCCCCAUCCUCCUCGGUGGUAUCACCACAACCGUCAACUCUGCCUACACUCCCGACGAACUUGCCUAUCAGCUCGAGGACUCGGGAGCAUCCGUCAUUGUCACACACCCAGAGCUGCUUCCUGUCGCCAUUGAGGGAGCCAAGAAGGCUGGCCUUCCCACGAACAGAAUCUUUUUGUAUGGCGACAAGGAGGUCGAUGGAUUCAAGCCCUACAGCUCAACCUUCCCCCCAGAGUCGACUCCCGAGAAUCAGUUGGCCCAGGUCGUGAACUUGAACGGUCAGCCUGCCCUCGAGACAACGGCCCUGAUUUGCUACUCCAGCGGAACGACAGGAAAGAGCAAGGGCGUCGAGUUGACACACGUUAACUUUAUCUCGAACACCUGCCAGGUAACACCGCUGGAGGGAGACGUUCACAUGCAUGACAAUGUUGCGAUGGCCGUGCUGCCCCUGUUCCAUAUCUACGGUAUCCAGCUCCAUCUCAUGUAUGGUGUCUACAACGGUGUUCAAACCGUCGUUCUGCAAAAGUUCAACCCCGUCGAUUUCCUUAAGACUAUUCAGGACCACAAGAUCAAGUCGCUCAACUUGGUUCCUCCUCAAAUCCUGAUGCUGGUCAAGGCCCCCAUUGUGGACCAGUAUGAUAUCUCUAGCAUCCGCUUCGUCAUGUCCGGCGCUGCCCCUUGUUCACGCGAGCUGAGCCAAGCCCUUAUCAAAAAGUUCCCCUUUAUCCAGUUCCGCCAAGGCUAUGGCAUGUCCGAAAUGUCACCCGCCUCUCACGUCGGAGUAUAUGGCAAGCCCGUCCAUGGCUCGAUUGGAGGUGUGAUGCCCAACCAGGAGGUUCGCGUGGUCGACCCCGAGACCGGAAAGGAUGCUGCCAAGGGCGAGCCUGGAGAGAUCUGGGUUCGUGGACCCAACAUCAUGAAGGGUUACCGGAACAAUGUGAAGGCGACAGAGGAUACUAUUGAUUCCGAGGGAUGGUUGCACACUGGAGACAUCGCUAUCGUCGAUGAUGAAGAAAACUUUUACAUCGUGGACCGUUUGAAGGAGCUGAUCAAGUACAAGGGAUUCCAGGUUGCACCCGCAGAACUCGAGGCCCUGUUGAUUGAUCAUCCAUUGAUUCUGGAUGCUGCCGUCAUUGGAGUGGAUAACAAGGAGCAGGCAACAGAAGUGCCCUUGGCUUUUGUGGUCAGGGCCCCUGGACCAGGACAGGCGUUGACGGAGAAGGAAGUCGAGGAGUACGUUGCAUCCAAGGUUGCGGCACACAAGAAGUUGCGUGGCGGCGUCCGCUUUAUUGAGGUAGUUCCCAAAUCUGCAGCUGGAAAGAUUCUUCGCAAGGACCUUCGCGUGAUUGUUCAGACUCCAAAGGCGAAGCUGUAA